AUGGCUGCUCGAACGAUUGCCGCGGUUGCGGUGCUGGCUGCCAUGUCUCAAGCUAUGAAGAUCACUCCUCAUCUGGACGCCCAGUGUUCAAAUGCUACUUCUUUCAAAUCGGGGAUGGAUGGAGUCGAUAGAGAUACGAAGGACUCAGUGGAACCGAAGGGUAUCAGUCAUAAGAUGUCCCCUGUCCAUUGGUAUGAUAGCAUCGAGUUUCCGAAGGAAGCCGCCGGAGAAGGAAGCGGCGCAUAUGAUGUUUGGUGGCGUGUUGAGGACCUUGACCCUGGCUGCCGCUUCGCGUUGAUCAACUCAUACACACAGAAAUCGUACGGCAUGGUCCCUGGAGUGGAAAUGCCCGGGAACCAAAUCCUCAACGUCGGCGAGACAGGAUGCUUCUACAGCUCUCUUCCGGCUCUGCAAGAUAUUGCUGCUACCUUUUGCUGCGGAACAGGCGAUUGUGGAGGAAUGAACUUGGGCAAUUCCGCCCUCGACAAGCGUGAGGAGGUUCAGCCCCCGAGAAAAAAGCGCGACGCGAGGAGAAGGCAUGCCAAGGGCGAGGAGCGUGCUGCUUUGAAGGCUGCGCUUGAGCGCCGCGACGACGAUUGGGAUGGCUCGGACUGCAAAGCCGUGGAUGUCCAAGAUACUCAAAUUGAAGCCGGCCCUCAGACCAUCAUCGGAUCGACCCAGUACUGCGCCAGCAGCGACGCGUGCUUAUUCCCCAUUACCGGCAGUAUUUCGUCUGGAACCACGCUGAGCAGCUCUAGCACUCAAACCAUCACCAACGGAAUGGAUGUCAGCAUCGGUGUUUCUGUCGGUACCGAUUUCCUCGUCAAGAGUGAAGUGUCCACCACCGUCGGAUACAACUUUGCCGAGUCCAUCUCCGAAGAACAGGGAAUGAGCGUGGAUGAGUCCAAGACCUUCACCGUUGGCAACACGCUUAGCCAGAAACCUGGUACUCGUGCCUUCCUCUCCUUUACUCCCACUUAUGAGUGUGUCGAGGCCUCCCUGGACUGUGGAGGUGACACCAUCUCCGAUCCGCUAUGGAUGUGCAACCCUGUGACCAACGGCGACUCGAUCCAGGGAGAUUACAUCGUUGUCUACACUAACUAG